UUAUUGUUUUAUUGUUAACAUUUUUCCUUAUUUGCUGUCUCUUUUGCACUCUCUAUAUAUAUAGACAUAGGUUUUUUUGCUGAACCAUUUGCAAGUCAGUUGCAGACAUCAUGACCUUUAACCCUAAUUUCUUCAGUCUGUUAAACAGCCAGGAUAACAUUAUCAUUCCUAAAAUGACAACAUAGUCAGAUUUUCUCCAAUUAUCUCAAAAUGUCUUUUUUUUUUUUACUUAAAGAUGUUUCUUUUUUGAUUCAGGAUCCAAAGUUCACAAUUGUAUUUACAAAGUUCACAAAGUUCUCAGGACCCUUUUCUUUCCUAACCUAGAACAGUCCUCCAGUCUAGGCUUACAAAUUGUCCCAUAUGGUGGAUUUUCCUAAUUGUUCCCUCAUGAUCAGAGUCAGACCAUCCAUUUUUGGCAAGAAUACCACAUAGGUGAAGCUUUGUCUAUUGUGUUUGUGAUGCUAGGUAUAAUCACUUGUUUCAGGUGAUGACUGUCUGAUCUUUCCGCUAUGGAAGGACAGCUUUCCUUUUGUGAUAAGUAACCUCUGGAGAUGCUCUGACACCAUGGAUAUAUCCUGUUUCCCAGCAACCUAUCACCCAGUGGUUUUAUGAUCCAUUCAUGAUCUUUGCCUGAAUCACAAGAUUACCAAUGAUCAGUACCAAUCAUGCAAGUACCAGAUAAGAAAUCAGGCCUCACUGGAGUCAUUCAAGCAAAAGUUGGACAACUACUUUUCCAGAACAGAAAGGAAACUCAUGCAUCAGAAAAGGUGACUAAUAAACAUACCAAAAGAAUAUGGCUGCACAAAUGCCAGAAACUGAUCAGAUAAAACAGUUUAAAGAAUUUCUUGGAACCUACAAUAAACUUACAGAAACCUGUUUUUUGGACUGUGUUAAGGACUUCACAACAAGAGAAGUAAAACCUGAAGAGACCACCUGUUCAGAACAUUGCUUACAGAAAUAUUUAAAAAUGACUCAAAGAAUAUCCAUGAGGUUUCAGGAAUAUCAUAUUCAGCAGAAUGAAGCCCUGGCAGCCAAAGCAGGACUCCUCAGUCAGCCACGGUAGAGCCCUGAAGGACAGACUCUCCAUCGAAGCCUGCCAACACUGCUGCUCUGGAAAUGAGGACUCAUCUGACAGAAUCCCCUGAAAGCAGCGGCCACCAUGUUAACCAUCUGUCAUGACUGUCUGGCAAAUGGAAACCACUGGAGAAACAAAAUUGCUAUUUACCAGGGAUAAUCAAAAUAGAAGGUUCAAAGAAAAUAGAAAGAUGCAACCUUUGUUGAGGCCUUAUUAUUCAGGAGCUUAGUCACUUGAUUAGAAAAAUAAACCAAUGUUUCUUCAGUUGUGACUAUUAAUUUUAAAGCAAAAUAUGUGUUCAAUCAUGAAUGAGAUAGAAAUUUUUUAUUACUAAAAGUAAAAUAAAUGGAAGUGUCACUGGGCAGUUGUUUUUACUGUAUAGAACCAUAUUACUCUGACUGGACUGUGGAUACGUUGAAAUGUUUCUCAAUCAGGAUCAUCCUCCAAGUAUUCCUGUUCAUUCAUGUCUGCCUCAAAUUGCUGGUGAACACAUAAAAUGGUUACUUGCUAAUCAUUUCAAUGCA